CACCUGAGAGAUGGAGAGAAAUUUUUUCAAUCCUCCAGCGCUCCCCCAGCUCGUCCUCUCACUGCCCGGUGACAGCUCGUGAAACAAGUGGCGGAGGACGCGAGUUUGAUUCCACAACCCUAAAUCCUAACGUCUCCGGUCAGCUGUGACAUCGCCAUCGCAAUCAGAGGUGCAUCAUGGGAGGUGUAGUCCUGGACGAGGGGCCCGCGGGGGUGAAAGCUCCAGACGGGGGCUGGGGCUGGGCUGUGCUGACAGGCUGCUUCGUCAUCACAGGCUUCUCAUACGCCUUCCCCAAGGCCGUAAGCGUCUUCUUCAAGGAGUUGAUCCAUGAGUUUGACGUGGGCUACAGUGACACCGCCUGGAUAUCCUCUAUACUGCUAGCCAUGCUCUACGGGACAGGCCCUUUGUGCAGUGUGCUGGUCAACAGGUUCGGCUGCCGGCCGGUGAUGAUGGUCGGAGGGCUGUUCGCCUCCCUGGGGAUGGUCCUGGCCUCCUUCGCCACCAGCAUCAUACACCUGUACAUUUGCAUCGGAGUCAUUACAGGACUGGGUCUGGCCCUGAACUUCCAGCCCUCUCUGAUCAUGCUCAACCGCUACUUCAGCGAGAAGCGUCCGCUGGCCAACGGGCUGGCGGCGGCCGGCAGCCCCGUGGCCCUGUGCUGCCUGUCCCCGCUGGGCCAGUACCUCCAGUUCCAGUACGGCUGGAGGGGCGGCUUCAUGAUCCUGGGGGGGAUCCUCCUCAACUGCUGCGCCUGUGGGGCCCUCAUGAGGCCCCUGCUGCCCCCCAAGGCGCCCAAAGACGCGGAGGGCGAGGUGAAGGAGAUCCAGGAGGAGAACCCACAGCCGGCCAAGAAGAAGAAGCUGCUGGACUUCAGCGUGUUCCGGGACCGCGGCUUCCUCAUCUACACGGUGGCCGCCUCCGUCAUGGUGCUGGGGCUGUUCGUGCCGCCCGUGUUCGUGGUGAGCUACGCCAAGGAGCUGGGCAACGCCGACACCAAGUCGGCCCUGCUCCUCACCACCCUGGGCUUCGUGGACAUGUUCGCCCGGCCCCUCUGCGGCGUGAUCGCGGGGCUCAAGUGGGUGCGGCCCCGGUGCGUCUACCUGUUCAGCUUCGCCAUGAUCUUCAACGGCGUCACCGAUAUCGUCGGGUCGCAGGCCACCGACUACCCAGGGCUGGUGUUGUUCUGCAUCUUCUUCGGCAUCUCCUACGGCAUGGUGGGAGCGCUGCAGUUCGAGGUGCUCAUGGCCAUCGUGGGAACGGAGAAGUUCUCCAGCGCCAUCGGCCUGGUGCUGCUGAUGGAGGCCAUCGCCGUGCUAGUGGGGCCUCCCGGCGCAGGCCGUCUGUUGGACGCCACCAAGAACUACAUGUACGUGUUCCUGCUGGCCGGGUGCGAGGUGGUGGUGGCCGCCUUCAUCAUCGCCCUGGGGAACUUCUUCUGCCUCAAGAAGAAGCAGGACCAGGAGCCAGAGUCCCGGCUCGAGAUGGCCAUGAGCGCCUGCGAAAAGGAGGGGCUUAACCACGAGGAGGCGGGCUCAGAGGAGGGCCCCGAGACACAGAACGAAGACGAGGGCAAGACGGCCGGGCCGCAGGAGAAGACGGGGAAUGGCUUGGCGGGGGAGAUCGAAGGAGAGGGAUAAGCCAGAGAACGGUGUAUGAAGUGAAAAGGAGAACGAGGGGAGGAGUCGCCCUGGUGAAGAGGACAUUUGAGUUGAGAAUGCCAAGCGCCAGGGUGGGUGAGACGCGGGAGAGAGGGAGAAUAAAUCUUCACCGUGCGUUUUGUUUGUGUUCUAUGUUAAGAGGUGUCACACUGUAACAAACACAAAAACACGAGUUGCUGACUCAACUCACAUCUGCACAGUUUGGGCACAUUUCCUUGCUCACUCAGUGUUCGCCUUUUUCCAUUUCUGACGUUUUUUUCUCAUUCUGUAACGCUACUUUUCCAAUACUGUUUUGGUGUCAACUUUUAUUUUGGAAGCGUGUUUCUGAGGUUUCAUUCUGCAGAACCUCACCUGUUAUGUUCUCACGUUCAGAUACCACUUGGGAAUAAGGCUGGGCAUUACAGUUAACAACCAAAGUGUUUUAUAAUCAAUAGUGGGUUCUGUCUGAGCCUGUGGUUAGUGGGCAAUUAGCUUACCACAGGGGAACUACAUACUGUAGUACUAUUAUUUUGCCAGUGUGCUACAAAAUUGGUAUUUUGCAGUGGUGUUGUUACUGUUUUACUUGUGUCCAAUUGUGUCUAAUAAGGCAUGUGUGCUGAUCAAACUUAAAUUAUUUUCAUAACAUAAUUCACGUAUUCUUGGCAAUGAAGUUCCUCUAAAUGAUUGCACUUGUUCUGAUGCUGCUGUUGGCGUAACGUGAAGUGUGUGCGUGUAUGGUUGUGUUUUGUCAUCGUUUGACAUUUGCAAGGAACUUUCAUGUUGUCUGUUAUGACAUUGAGAAUUGCAACACACACAAGUGUAUUUUACUGUUCGAAGUCAAGUACACAAUACACAGCUGUGAUGAAGUAUUGAUUAACUACCCAUGAAGGCAUUGUGUGAAAGUGACGGCUGGUCAAUAGACGGAUGAUGCUCCUCAUUGUAGACAAUGAACACGAUAAUGAAUGGCUAUAAUCCUUGAGUUCAAGACCAUUGUAAGGAGCAUAAGGGCCCUUUUGUUCAUAUUGAACUGCACCCUAUUCAAUGACCCCAUCAGUGAUUGCUUUAUGGGGGUUACCCACUGUUACGAAACAGGUCCUCUCUACCAGUUGUGCUUUAAAUGCACGGUGCAAAGAACGCCAGCUUCGACUGCCAUUACAGAUUACAGUUCAUGAUUCCUCACAAAAAAAAAAAACUGAACAGAAUAAAACAAUAUUUAUACACA